GGUACCCAGACCCUUGUACCAUAAUUGACUACCAAACUCUAUCUCUACUCUAUAAUACUUUGUAAUUAAUUACUGUGUGUUUAGCUGGGACCUUUUCUCUCUCGAUAUUCCCUGACCCGAGCUAUAAUCAAAAAUAUCUUGACCAGUUUGCAUUUUCCGUAUUUAUGAAGCGAUUUCGAUGAAAUUUUAGCAUAUAUGUAUCUGAGAUCGAGAUCUUUCGAAUUAUGGGUCCCAUCCGUCUCUACACCAACCCACUAUAUAAGCUUAUCUGGGCUUUUUUUUUCAAUUUCAGCCAAAAAUCUUUAUGGGAUUGAUGGACAAAUUUAUUUUACUAAUGAUUUUGGUACGAGGCUUCAGGACGAUGCAGUAUUUUCUGUCUACAUACAGACAUAUGCUCGAUCGCCCAACUUCGCAUUAAUUGUGAAUCAGGAGGAGAAAGUUGGUGUUCAAAAUGAGGACCCAGAUACAGGAGAUGUCCCUGAAACUGGAAUUUUCAUUGAUACCACGGAAAUGAAUGACGACAAUGACCUCCCUAAAACUGACACUGAUAAGAAAUCGUCGGAAGAAACUGAUGUAAAGUUAAACUCGGAAGUAAAGGGAAAAACAAUUCAGCAGACACAGAUAGAUGGAGAGGAGAAACUCUUGAAAACUACUGUUAAGGAUCUGAGUCACCUUCUUGAAGCACACCAACUUAAAUACAUACUUCAGGAAUAUGAAAGCGAUGGAAAACUAAAACAGUCUUCACAAAAAACAUUCGUUUAUAUGGUGAGUAACCAUAUUAUCAGUCUUGCCGGCCACUACCCAAGUAAAAGGGUAAAAAUCCACAUGGCCAAAUUGUGCGCGGACUUGUUUCCAUCCUACAAACGAAAUACUGAGAACUACUACGAGCUCUUUUAUGAUCCAAUUUCGAAAGGAGGACUUUUGUUUUCCCGUCUAAAUUACUUGAGGGAACGAAACCUUAAACUUACUGGAAGUGGCAAAUACAAGACCAAAAAGUCUGAGGAACAAGAACAAGAUGAACCUACACCAUCGACAUCAUCCACACUUACAGCAGGAGAGAUUCGGGAGGCUGAAGAACACAUAGAAUUUCUUCAGCAUGCGACAAUUGCUCAAAAAGAGCAAAUCAUUGAGACAUUCAAGAAAAAUAAGAAGCAUCGCCAGAUGAACCGCCAAAGUAUCAUCCAGGACUAUAAAUCCUGCAUAACACUUAUGCCGACAUUGUUGUUACUGGACUUUGAUUCAGAAUAUGGCCCAAAAGAUGUUUCGGACAUAUGGACAAAAAUCUCGCCUAAAAUUGACGAAUACUACCAGGACAAUUCAAAAAGGAAGCUUCAGCGACUGGAUAAAAUAAUCACUGAUUGGGCAAUGGCAGUGCAAACUACUUUAAAGCUAUUAACUUUCCUGCCACCAACCAAUGCAGAUAAAACGAGGCAAAAAGGGACUCUAAUUCAAAGUUUGCAGUCUCUAAUCAUGUUCGUUCCGGAAGGGAUCUCGAGGCAGGAGAUAGAUGAUAAAAUAGUGGAGGAAGAGGUUCAACUACAAUUGAUCGCGAUGGGAAGCAGUAAAAAAGCAUUGUCAAAAUUCAUUAUAAUGGUUGACAAUAAUUUUUUGAAUUGUCCAUCGAACAAUUUUUUUGAGGCGUUUGAUUUUUUUUUUCAAAAUCCAUUUUAGCCUCCAUCUUGAAUAUAACCCUCUCACGAAGCGCUUAAUGCUGUUCCUCCAGCAUUUUUUCUAUAAAAUUAAAGUUGAUAAAAUCACACCAAAUAUGAGCCUUCUCGCGGCAAAAUUGGGGCUACUAAAAACUGCAUAAGACUGCUAGUACAAGGGCCCAUCAAGUUUGAUAAAAAGUGAAGUUAUUUUUCAGUUUUUUAAAUUUAAACAAAUUUGCUCGUAGUUCUUGUAUUAUUAUUUUAGCGAGCAUUAUGAAAUAUAUAUUUUUAGAUAGCUUUUAAUACACGAUUUCGAAAUAUAUCAGACUGAUGAGUCAAUUCUCUUUAGGAAAAAACUUGCCAAUAGUCUUCAGUGCCUCUAUGUAAAAAUGUAUGGAAAAAUGAAAUGUCGAGAGGCCCCUGGCUGGUACAGUAGACUCCCUCAAUCGUUUUUUCUCUUUUAACUACACAGAAUAAAAUAUUUUGUAAAAUUGUUCGUAAAUAAAUACUUAUGAAUUCCUACAUAUGAAUGAACAUAUGUUUGUAAAAAUACAAAAAAUGCUCGUCAUGUGAUCAUGCUACGAACAAUAUUUGUGAUAAAGUACAAACAUUUACGAACAAUUUUACAGUUUUUUUUUGUGUAGCAAGGUAUCAUGUUGGAAUAAAUUAGUUUUAACUUAAAUUAAAUUUUGUUAAUCAUUUUUAUUCUCAUUGUUGAUAUUCAGUCAGUAAAAAGUGUAUCUUCUUGAAAGGAUGAAAAGAAUUAAAGAAAAAAAAAGAAGAAAAAUAAAUAUAUUGCACUGACAUGAAAA